AUGACAGCGAUGCUGCCCAGCCUGGUGCUGGCCCUGCUCUGCCUGCUGUGGGCAGAGGCUGAGGUCCCCGUGCAGCCGGGCUUCAAUGCCGAGAAGUUUGCAGGGAUGUGGCACGUUUCAGCUGCUGCUUCCAACUGCACCGUGUUCCUGAAGAUGAAGGACGGGAUGAAGUCAUCCAUCGCCACCAUCAGCUUCACACCAGAGGGGGACCUGGCCAUGAAGCUUGUCUGGCCCCUGAUGGACAGAUGCCAGAGAUUUGAGCUACUAUUCCAGCAAAGCGGGCAGGCAGGGCACUACAUGGCAGCGGAAGAGAAGAGGGAGCUGCGCGUGGGGGAGACAGACUCCACCAGGGAGCAGGACAUCAGCUUCCAGCUCCUGCAGAAACUCAGGGAGCUCAUCCCCGCCGUGGGCCUGACCGAGGACAUGCUGGCUGUCCUGCCCAAGUCAGAUCAAUGCACCAAGGCCAUCAGGUGA